ACUGGAUUCUGGCCAACGCCGAUAAGUGAACGUGCGCGUCGCGGAACGUAUGCUCGCCGCGAUUAGGGCACCCGUUCUCUCUCUUUCUCUCUCUCUCGUCUCCUUGUCCUCCGACGAAGGAAACCGAGGCGAACGGACGACCUGUGCAUCCUCUGGCCCGCAAUCGAUCGGACUCGGGGUUCGGCGGAGCAGUUCGCGUGACGCGAGCUCUUCAAGGAUGCACGACCUGUGAUCGGGGACCACCCCCAGGGCCUCGCCGUUCAGGGGUUGCCGAUCAUGGGUGGAGUACAAAGCGGAACCCAUACCCUUGGAGAGGCAUUAUGGGUACACGAGAGGCAACGACAAAAAUGCCAUCGAGAAGGGGGACGACACGAGGCCCACUCCGCGCAGUCGACGCAGGACCGCAGGAAGCUGUUGAAGCGGACCAGAAGCCUCGCGGUGAUAUCCGAGGACGAAUCUCGACAAGAUCGAGAGGCGCACCACUUCCGGCUCGGGCAAUCGACCUUCGAUUUGCCCAGGAGGCAUCAGUUGAUACCGAGGGCCAAGCUGAUCGAUCGAAACUCUCUGAAGGACAGGCUGUCAAAAAGCCAGCAGCAUCUCUCGGACUCGUACGAGAGAUUCAACGAAGCGAAGUCUUACUACUCCCGAUCCGCUUGCGGUCUUCACUCGAUCCCAUCGGGACUGGCAACAUUCCCGGAUCCUCUGCCGUACGCGAGACCUAGCCGAGCCGAUCCCGAUCGCCUGAACAUCCUAGAUUGGCCGGAGUCGCCGAGACGUUAUCAUAGCGUCCAAGACCUCGAGACGGUUAGCGGCUUGGUGGACAUCGUCGAGGAUAAUUGGCCGAUCGAGGGGAAUCGUAGCAUCGAUUGCAUCUAUACCCAGGUGAAACGAAAGCGCAAGGAGCACAGGAGCCUGGACAGUAUCCUCUUCGAGGACGACGGUGAGCUCGAGUACUUCGACGUGUUGAACCUGUUACCGUUGUCGAACGUGCGGCUCGAGUUCGACGAGGAGGACGCGAGGAACAACAAUCUCGGCAGGAGGACCGACAGCCUGAAGAGCGGCAAGUUCAAAGCCCUCGAGUACUUCGGCACGCGGCCGGCCGGCGAGAAAAGGGCGAGGAGCAACGCGACCGACGAGGAGAAAUGCACGGGCAGCAUAGAUAGAAACAGCACGGAUCGCCGGAAAAACGAGCUCGAACCUCAGCCGGAGCUGGAGGAAGAGCUGGACGAGGAACUGAGCCGCGAGGAAGCGUCGCAGCAGCAGAAAAACGCGAAGGCGACGGACUGCUUCCAGGACGAUAACGUCGAUCGAGGAGAGGACUCGUUGUCCGAGGCCGAUGAGGACCGGCACUCUUCUCCGCUGACCAGCCCGGAGGAAGACGAACACGAUCGCAGGGUCGAGGAGGCGGAGGAUUACAAGUCCAUUUGGAUCUCGGACACCGAGGAGCAAGAGGACAUGUCGCGGCGGCCGCAGGUGCUGAAAGUCGUCGACAACGACGUGACCAAGAGAAGGCACCGGCGUUCCUCGCCGGAAAUUGAUCUGCCGGAGCACCGGCAGUCUGAUGAGAAACUUAGGGACCAGGACGAUGCCUCCGACCUCGCCAAAUUGGACAGGAAGCCUGACGGCGGCGACCCUGCCACCGAGCAAAGACCCGAGGAGAAGGAUGAGACGAAAUCGACGCUGACGAACACGAAGAUCUUCUUCGAGCAGAAGACGCUGGACAAGGACGCGCCGAAGAGCAAGCCGAACGAGGGCAGGUUCGAGAGGAUCGUGAAAGGGACGUCGAGCAUCCUGGGCAAAGCUUGCAGCGUGGUGAAGGGCAGCCUGGGAUUCGAGGCUAGAUCCGAGAGCUCGGAUUUAGGACUCGGCUCGGAAUCCGGCAGCGACACGCGAAGAAGAUCGGUGGACGACGGCAUCGAGGACGACCAGUGCAUCGGGAAGCCUCUGUCUGCGAAGAUGGCCGACUCGAAGAAGGGUCACAGCAGCUUGACCAGGUCGAAGAGCUGCGUGGACUCCAUCGAGAGCCAUCAGGACGACGGCCAGGAGUUCGACCACGUGCGCUACAAGAUCGUCAAGUCGAACAUGUUCAGCAAGAACAUGUACACCAGCGGCCGCGGGGACGUCACGUACGAAGGGCUGAUGCAGUACCUUAGGGAGUACUCGUUCCAGGAGCUGUUGCUCGACAACAACGUCGUGAUCAUCGAGCCGGUGCGUGCCGAGACCAUCGAGAGGAAGCCGUCCAACGUUGGCAAGGCCAGGUCGGAGCCCACCUGCAAGAUAGCCGGCGCCAUACAGAAGAAAUCGGACGCGGAGAGCCGCGAAAGAAACUGCGACAGCGUCGACGGCGGCAACACGAAGAGUCCUAAACAGUCGUCCAUCAAGAAGCACUUCUUCUAUCAUCCUAUCAGGGUCAAUCGGGAAUUGAUCGACGAGGAACUGCCGGACCCGGACACCGUCAGGAACGUUAGAAGAAUGUUCGAGAACACCUUGAAGAUGAAGAGCAGCUCGGACCGGGACGGCAAGGAUCGGAAGAGCGUCAGCAUGAAGGACUUGACCAGCAUAGACGACGCUAGGUUCGAGGAGAUCUCCGAGAAGAUCCAGGAAGGGUCCAGGUCCAGGUGUUCGAGCAGAGCCAAGGACCUGACGAGGCUGUUCGAGAACAUGGAGAAGUCGACGUCUUCGAACGCUUCGGUGGUGGGCGGCAAGGACGAGCUGGACAGUCCGCGUUCCGAGUCGAAAACGCGGAUCCUGGCCCAGUCGUUCGAAGCUAGGAGCGGCCACACGUCUCCCAGCGAUUCGACGUCCUCGAAGAACAAGGUGAACCGGUACCAUCACCACAACUGGGACGCCGGCAGCGUCAGCUCCGGGGUGUCCAGCGACUAUCCGGACACCGAUCCCGGCAGCGGAGUGCAGUGCAUCUCCUCGGAGGACGAGGAGGUCGACUGCCACGAGGACGAGGGCAACGACACCCACAACUCCAGCCACUACGUCUCCCAGGACGUCCUGAAGAAGAUCCGGGAGUGCGGCACCUCGGUGACCUACUACGGCGGCAAGGUGGUGAACUCGAGCAACGGCCCUCUGAUCGCGCCGGUCGUCGAGAACAGGUUCAAGUGCGCGGACAGGUCGAACGAUUACGUCAAGUUCCGGCUGGUGAAGAGCAACUCAUGCGACAGCAGGUUGGAGCUGACCGGCAGGCUGGUGGAGAAUCAUCUGAGGUGCCGGACCAGGGAGAAGGCGCCCGAUCUGAGCCGCUACACCAUCGCGGAGACGCCCAGCAUCGAGAUCACCACGAUCGAGAAGCAGGAGAAGGAGGACGACGAGCUGGAAGAGGAGAAGAGCGCGACGGAUCAGACGGAGACGAAGAGGGAGCCGCCCGUGGUGAUCGGCUUGGAGCCGAAGAAAGAGGACGCCAAGGACGGCAAGCCUUUCAAAGUCGACUUCAAGCUCGGCCCGGCGGAGGACGCAAAGUCCACCUAUCCUAGCAGGUUCAUAGGCAGCGCUCUGACCAGGUGGCAGGUCAACGAGAACAACUGGCGAACUCCCGACGAUUUCGGCAAGAUGGAGUUCGAGGAGUUCGAGGUACUCGAGGACAGCCUGAACGGGAUCGACAGCCACCGUUCCGAGGCAUCCUGAGCGAACUUUCUUGUAUUAUAGUGUCGGUUUCGAUUGCGAUCGGUCGGCAACGGUUGCCAAAGGAGAGUCGAUAGUUUCUAGUGCUUCCGGCGUCAUCGACGAGAUUCGCUGGCCCCGGAACUGUACAGUUGUUAAUCAAGGUUUCCCAGUUACGAGUUCGAUGUUUCAUGGACACGCCGAUCGCGAGCGAGCGUCGGCUCGCAAUCACCUGUCUCUCGGGGAUCGAAACGGUUCUAUUUCAUUUCUUGAUUUCCGGAGUUCGGAACUUCGUAUCUUUUGUUCGACGAGAGGCAUCUGCUUGUAGAAUUUCGGGGAGGAUUUUGACGGUAGAGGAAGUUUCGGUAAUUUAGAACCCUGGACAUUUUCGAGACAUCUUUCGGUAGAAGUUUUACGGAGACUGGUUCUCAGAACGUUCGUUUGAACCGUUAACGAUCCACGCUGAAUUCAAGUGGCACAUUUCAGUAGUUAAUUCUACUAGAAGCACGUUGAAUGGGGCGCCGUAUUUUCGUAACGACCGAGAGCUGCUUCAAUAUUGUUAAUUAGAUCGCGGUAGCUAAAGGUAUCGACCCGUUUAAUUCACGUUCGCCGCGGUCUUUUGAUCACAGAAAGAUAUUUUCCUACCAGUCUAUCGACUAAUUGCUAAAAUAUGUAUCUUUGGACUCUGUUAGGUCGUCUCGCAAGUUCGCGCCGCGAAUAUGUUAAUACUUUUUGCGACAUAUUUAAUUGAUUGAAAGUCUUGAAAAUCGAGCGCGUUCUGGACUAAAGUUUUCUCAAAAGUUUUCAUCAUCUUGAAACGAUCUGUACACGGAUAUUUAAAAAGAAAUAGGAACGCCAGAAACUUAUGAGACGACCUAAUUGUUCCGUUUAUAACUCUCUUGCAUUCGUUCCGCAGCCAUUCGGCGCUCGUCGGAACUUGCGACGGGAGUUUCUGAAAACGGUUUCCCGAAUAUCCUUGUACAGCGAAAAGCCAAUUAAAAAGUUCCGUAACUCUUCGAUCCCUGGCGCCAGCUGCGAGUGUACAUAGAACGGUUGGAGAGAUGGUUCAAUAAUUGUAUUUUCUGGCUACGAAAUAAAUCUGCAUUAAGAGACCCUU